AUGAAGUGGAAAAUUCGAAUUGGAGACGGAGCCUCAGACCUAGAUUCCGACUGGACAAGGUCAAAUCAGCGAUGGAUGAAACUUCGUACAACUGUUCAAAUCUCAUCAGCAAUACAAAAGAAGCCACCUUUAAAACGAGAGGAUUCUUUCUUAAAACGGUUUUCUACUCGACAAAUAUCAGACACUCAGGAAACUAUUGAAGAUACUGGUUCUGAAAGUACAUCUGGAGAUGUAGAGAAAAUUGUAAAGAAACGCAGAAGAUAUCUCCAAAAAAGCAGUACCGUGGUGAAUCCUGAUGAUAAUUUUUAUUUUUAUUGGUUGAUGAUUUUAACUGGAUGUAUUCUUUAUAAUCUUUGGACACUUAUAGUUCGACAAAGUUUUCCAGAGUUGCAGAAAGCAGUUCCAGCUUUUUGGGCAGUGUGUGACAUCUUAACUGAUAUUGUAAUUAUAUUCGAUGUAAUAGUCCAGUUAAGGACCGGUUACCUUGAACAGGGGUUAAUGGUUUAUGAUGAUAUAAAACUUGCGUGCCACUACCUGCAUUCCACAGAUUUUUUUUUUGAUAUAUUAGCUUUAAUACCUUUAGACUUAAUACAGCUUCAAAUUGGAGUACAGCCAUUGUUACGUUUUACACGAUUCUUUAAAGCAUAUAGAUCGGUUAGAUUUUAUUAUAUUGUCGAAAGCAGAACUGUAUGGCCCAACUUGUGGCGCGUUGUUAAUUUAAUACAUAUUUUGCUAAUAUUAGCGCAUUGGUUUGGUUGUUUUUAUUAUUUGUUGUCUGAAGCUGAAGGAUUUCAGGGUGAUUGGGUAUAUCCAUAUCGAGCAGGAGAUUAUGCUACACUAACUAGAAAAUACCUUGGAAGUCUUUACUGGUCAACUCUAACAUUGACAACAAUUGGUGAUUUGCCAACUCCUGAAACAAAUGCAGAGCCUAAUUUCUCAGUGGAUGGCCCACGAUCGAUACCAAGACGCGGUAUAAAAUCCCGGUUACUUCAAUUUGGUUCUAGUUCUGGAUAUGUGUUUACUAUACUGAGUUAUCUAAUUGGCGUAUUUAUAUUUGCUACAAUCGUUGGACAAGUUGGUAAUGUAAUAACCAAUCGCAACGCUAAUCGUUUGGAGUUUGAAAGACUUUUAGAUGGAGCUAAAACUUAUAUGAGACAUCACAAGGUACCUGGUGGAAUGAAACGAAGAGUCUUACGUUGGUAUGACUACAGCUGGUCUCGAGGUCGAAUACAAGGUGGUGGAGAUAUAAACACUGCAUUAGGACUUUUACCUGAUAAGCUUAAGACAGAGCUGGCAUUACAUGUUAAUCUAAGUGUAUUAAAAAAAGUUACCAUAUUUCAGGAAUGUCAGCCAGAAUUUCUGCAUGAUUUAGUUUUAAAAAUGAAAGCAUAUAUUUUCACGCCAGGUGAUUCAAUUUGUCGAAAGGGGGAAGUUGCUCGAGAAAUGUUUAUUAUUGCUGAUGGAAUUCUUGAAGUAAUUAGCGAAACAGGAAAGGUGUUAACUACAAUGAAGGCUGGAGAUUUUUUUGGGGAAAUCGGUAUUCUUAAUUUGGAUGGACUUAAUAAGCGGACUGCUGAUGUUCGAUCUGUGGGGUAUUCAGAGUUAUUUUCGUUAUCACGUGAAGAUGUCUUAUCAGCAAUGAAGGACUAUCCCGAAGCUCAGCAAAUUUUGCAGACAUUGGGACGUAAACGCCUAAUGGAAGUACGUUGUGUCAAUAGAAAAUAUGCAAACAACCAAGUCGACACUGAGGCAUCAGUAAAUCCUAAAGUACAUCAAGUCUAUAUAAACCAAAGUAAUAACAAUGAUAAUAAUGCUCCAAAAAAAAUUACUGACAAACUUAAAAAGAAUGCAAAAAGCCUGAAAGAUGUGUUAAAACAAUCAAGAGCAUCUCAUCGAAAUGGUUCAUCUAUGGAACUGCAACCUCUCCAAAAUACUACACCUAACAAUGAAAAAUCUGUGCUAAGAAGAAUGUCUAGAGUUUGUUCCGAUGAACACGAUGAUGUUAUACCAGAGAGCGAUGAAUACCAUGAUAAUACAUCCAGCCCAAUUGGUGCAGGCUUGCCGCUCUUACAAAGACUUAGACUACUUAAGGAAAAGCAGUUACAAGUAUUAAAAUCGAACGUAUUACUGGAAGAUGUUACUGAUAGAGGUAAAUUACUUAAUAUAAUCGAAGAAAAGCAUGCUAAAAAUAAUCAUAGAGGUAUUAAUGAAAUAUUUUCAGAGCUGAAACAAAAGUAUUACUACCCUGAUUUUCUAAAAACAAUACAAAAAUAA